UUGUUCACAUUCGCAUGUUUCCCACUUCUGUAUUUUUUUCAUGUUUGCCUUGACGAUUCGUUGCUUGUUUGUACUAGUACGCAUUUACCUCUUCUUUCAUUCUCACACUACGAAAAGGCAUCUCAUAUUAUGACAAGGUAUUUCGCACAGUUCAAGCAUAUUGUUCUCUUCCCUGUCUUUUCUCCUUUGAAAAUUCAUGACCUCGUCUACGAACUCCUUUCCUGUCCAAUUAACAAGAGAAGAAGAAGUUUGUCAUUCGUCAUCAUCAAUGCCUUCUUUGAGGGUCUUCCAAGGUCGUAUUGCCAUUUUUUCAGUCUUGGUAACAUCAAGCAUGAUUUUCAUACGCAUCACAAAGAAACACACUGAACAGUUCAAAUGUUAAUAUCAGCGUACAUAAAUACAUAAUCAUUCAACCGGCACCUCACACAAUAACUGCAUACCUCCAAAGUGAUCAUAUGUGACUUAAGUCAUCCUAUGCAGAUCGCUAGUGGACAAUGGAAGAUAAUGAUAGAUGGAGAGAAGCAACGUGGUAGUCAGUUGCUGCACGUGACGGCUGACCGCGUCACACCUGGGCGCCUGCAUACUUCUAUCCCUCUAACCCAACAUCUCGAUGAAUUUACUUUUCAGCGCGUCUGCGCCCAUGGGAUUCGCAGCGCUGAUAACUUCCCUAUCGACAGUAAUAUAUCCCAGACUCUUCGCAACGCCCUCAACCAUCUCAGCCCCUUCGUCUCUCAGCGCACUCUCCACUUUCGUGACCUCCCCUCUCAACACGGCCGUCUCCAUGAACUUUUCUUCCGCAUCCGACCAACUCGUCAGCUUAUACCCUUUGUACGCAAACUCUUUAUCCCCGCCGUACUUUGUCGACAGAAAAGCAUAGGGACCAUGGCAGAUUGUAGCAUCUGCCAAGGGCGCAUGCCCUCCGGGAAUAAAAACACCAUCGAACAUGCUCAACUCGUCGUCGCUGAUCUCAGAGAACUUGCGAGGUCGGGAGAAGCCAUUCUCUCGCUUCAUGCGCUCGACGAGCUCGGUUUCACGUUGGCGCUCGUAGAAGUUUCCCGCGAAGGCGGCAAGGGAGGUGCUGAGGGGAUCUGGGGUGGGCUCUUUGCCCAAGGGGGAGGCAAAGGUUACUUCAUGGCCAGCAUCCAGGAGGCCUUGCAGGGGCUUGGCGAGCUCCAUGAGGAAGUAGCCGGAGGGCUGUUGGAUGGUGUUACCCUCGGAGCCGACGUUGUGGAGUGGGAAGGACGAAGCGUCGGACAUUAUGAUCAGGACUUUUUUGGGCGACAUGGCGGGGAUUCGUAAUGAUCUGGUAUUUAUC